GUACCUACCUAGCCUUGACGUUGUAGCCUGGUUUUGGGAGGCAGCAAGCAGCUUGAGCCUUGAAGUAGUUGGAACUUGAACUUGAAGUUCAACUUGUUGAAGUGUAGCUACAGACAAAGUCAGCUUAAAAUCGGAGGACUGCAUGCGAAGGUGGCAGCGGAUAACAACCUUGGGGGAGGGAGGAGAAAGGAAAAACGAAGCAGAACCAGAUCAGAUUAGCUGCAGCGUCCUGGGGCGGUGACGUUGUUUUGUAUGUGAUAGCUCUGCCGGUUUGUGCAGCGCGGUGCCGCCAUGGUGCAGUUCGGCCAUCAGUUGGUGGCUCAGAGAGUGCCAGGAUGGGAGAAUCAUUACAUUGACUACAAGACCUUGAAGAAGAAGAUCAAGGAGUUCCGGCCACGGCGUAUCACCGCCACCGAGGAUGAGAUGGCAGAGCUGAUCCGCGAGUUUGCGGAAUCGCUUGACUACCAGGUGGAGAAGGUGGUCCUCUUUUUCAUCCAAGAGCAGGGCCAGCUGGCGGAGCACCUGAUCGAACUACAGCACACGAAGGAGACGACUUUCAAAAAGAACGACAUGGCCCAGGUCGCGGGUCUGAUGGACGACUACCGCCACGUGGGUUACGAGCUGCUGCGGCUGCUCAGGUUCGUGAAGCUGAACCUGACGGGCCUGCGCAAGAUCAUCAAGAAGUUCGAGAAGAACCUGGGCGUGCGCGUCAUGGAGCAGUACGUCGCGUCCCGGGGCCAGGGGCCGUAUUCACAGCUCCAGCAGCUGUUCCGUACCACGGGCGUCGGCGCACUGGUUGGCGCGAUGACCCGCAACCUCGAAGAGCUCCGGACACAGCAGCUGAUGCCCCAUCGUACGACCUCCUUCGCGCUCUUCCGCCGCGCAACUCUGGCACCCCCAUCGGAGGACGAGCCGGUGUUGCGGGAGAUCCAAGAAGAGCGGGAACAGCUGGCGGAACUCUGGAAUUUCCAGCGGUUCACGGCGGUGGGGCUUCUCAUCGACCUGGAGACGCCCAUGCAGCACCGUGACGUGGACCUGACGCCAGAAGAGGAGGCGGAGCGGUUCCACGUGCCGAGCCUGUACAUCAACCUGGCGUGCACCUUCUUCUACAUGGUCAACUAUUACAUCAUCGUCCCGACGUCCGACGACUACGCCGUUCUGCUCCACAUGCCGGCCUCCGUCGCCGGUAUCAUGAUUGGCGCCAUGCCUCUUACCGCCCUGGUCUCUACCUUCGUCUAUAGUGCUUGGUCCAACCGGUCCUACCGAGAGCCCCUCAUCGUCAGUACGAUCAUCCUGAUCAUUGGCAACAUCUUCUACGCCCUAGCCCUCGUCUUCAAUUCGGUGUGGCUGGUGCUACUGGGGCGGGCGUUCAACGGGCUUGGCGGUGCUCGGGCCAUCAACCGGCGAUACAUUGCCGACUGGGUUCCGGUCAAGCAGAGGACCCAGGCCUCCGCCGCGUUUGUGAGCGCCAGCGCGUUUGGCAUGGCCGCCGGCCCAGCCAUGGCUGGCCUGAUGACGUCACUCGACUUCCGCAUCCCGUUCCUCCCGGGCCGUCCGAUCGUGGUGAAUGACGUCACCGCCCCCGGAUGGAUCAUGACGCUCUGGUGGGCGCUCUUCCUGGUCGCCGUUUUCGUCUUCUUCAAGGAACCACAUCGGCCAGAUCCAACAAUGACCCCCUCUCAUUCUUCCGCCAAUCUCACCAAUGCCAAGCGGCCCCUGCUAUUGCCGGACCCCCCCGAAGUGGAGAGCGGAGCUGCGUCGGACGGGCGGGGGUCCGAGUUUGGCAGUGAAGAGGAGGUUGAGGCGCCGGCCAAGACUCUGGCGGAGGUUUGGCGGGAGAUGAACUCGCCCGUGCUAGUGACUUUGCUCGUCUACUUCAUGCUCAAGUUCGCGACGGAGGUCCUCAUCUCCGAGAGUAGCAUCGUGACCAAGUACUACUUCCGAUGGACGCCGCGCAGCGUGGGCGCUUUCCUGAGCGUGCUGGGCCUCACAGUGCUCCCCGUCAACUACCUUAUCGGGUCGUUCAUCGGGAACGUCUACGAGGACAGGCUGGUCAUCAUGUGGACCGAGGUAAUAACCGUGGUCGGCGUCGUUUUGAACCUGUCCUACGAGCCGCUCAUCCCGUACAGCCUGCCGCAGUACGUCGCGGGGGCGAUCCUAAUUUUUGUGGCCACGUGUGCGCUUGAAGGUGUGAACAUGGCCCUUCUCUCCAAAACCAUGAGCCCCCGGCUGUCCAAAGGGACCUACAAUUGCGGUCUGCUCUCCACCGAGGCGGGGACGCUGGCACGGGCGAUAUCCGACAUCAUGAUCACCGCUAUGGGCGGCUUUGGACAAAAAUAUAUUCUUAAUUUGACGAUGCUACCCACUUUGGUCGUGGCAAGCGGAACCACAAUUGUAACAUUUCUGAAAUAUAGGAGCUUAAAGACAGCAUUGUGAGGUGCCAUUAGCUGCGGAUUCCCGUAACCUUUUGACCGUAAGUGGUGGAGAAUGUGAGCCCAUGCAGGGAGUUUUGACUUCGGCAUCUGUCACUGAGAGUGCCAGCCGAGUGGCUGGGUCGCACCGGGCGAUGCACGGCAUGCAAGGCAAUCAUUCAUUGCCAUUGAGUCAAUCGACG